UAUUUAUCGCAUCACAGACAACACAGCAGCCAUUUCACAUUAUGGAGCAUUACAUACACAUCGCUUCCUUGUGAGCUAAACUUCUGUAGAGACUUCAGAGCAUUCUGCAUUCAAAAACAUGGAUUUCGAGAAUCAAAAUGUUGGCUUAGAACUACUCUUGGCACACAUGAAUCUUGGAGACAUCAUCGAGGCUGUGGAGAGGCUCUGCUCGGACAGAGAGGACGAAGAGGAAUCAGGCGAGUCACUCGUGGAGGGUCUUUCAGGAGAUACUAUGGAUGAAAACGAGCUCUCAGAUGGCUCGGCCUUGCCUGACUUGGUUUCCCGUGUGCAGAAUGACAAAGUGAGGUACGGUAGUGUGGCGGACCUGCUGGCAUUUGUCAACAUGGUGUCCAACACACCUGCCUCCACACUUUCCAAGGUAGAGGAGGAGCUCGGGGUGCUUCUGAACAAGACAGACAUGGUUAUAAAAGAGGGCCGUUAUCGCAUUGAUUUGGACGUGCUCCUGUUUCCGUGGAGGCUGACCUACAAGGCUCCAGGGCCGGGCCACGUUCCCAAAGGCUCUUUCGGGAAAGUCCACUUGGCACAAGACAUUAAAACACGCAAGCGGAUGGCAUGUAAACGGAUCCCUUUGGAGCACUUCAAGCCAGCAGAUGUAGAGAUCCAAGCCCGGUUCCGUCAUGAGAACAUCGCUGAACUGUACGGGGCACUGCUGUGGGAGCAGGGUGUGUAUCUCUUCAUGGAGGCCGGAGAAGGUGGCUCGAUUCUGGAGAAGCUGGAGAGCUGCGGUCCAAUGAGAGAGUUUGAGAUCAUUUGGGUCACGCAGCAGGUUCUGCGCGGACUGGAGUAUCUGCACUCGCACAAUAUCAUACACCACGAUAUUAAACCCAGUAACAUUGUGCUGAUGUCUGCCAAAGCUGUGCUGGUGGACUUUGGCCUAACAGUGCAGAUGACGGAGGAUGUGUACAUUCCUAGAGACCUCAGAGGGACUGAGAUGUACAUGAGUCCGGAGCUGGUUUUGUGUAGAGGACACAACACAAAGACAGACAUCUACAGCCUGGGCACCACCAUUAUUCACAUGCAGACUGGUAGCCCACCUUGGGUGAGGAGAUACCCACGCUCUGCAUACCCCUCGUACCUCUACAUAAUCCAUAAGCAGGCCCCUCCUCUGGAGGACAUAUCGGAGGACUGUAGUCCGGCUAUGCGAGGCCUUCUGGAGCGAGCAUUAGAGAGAGUCCCAACGCGGAGGAGCUCUGCCACAGAGCUCCUGCACGAGGAGGCCCUCCACCCUUCACGAGAAGACCAGCCUCGCUGCUGGAGUCUGGACUCUGCACUUGGAGACAGUACACACCCACUCUUACGCCAACACAGUCAAAUGACUGACAGCACACAAGACUCUUCGUCACUGUACACUGAAGAUUCUGGCCCGUUUAAAAGAAAAGGUUCCCUCUACAUAGACCUUGGCGCUCUGGCUGGCUACUACAACUUUGUCCGGGGGCCACCAAGUGCAGAGUAUGGCUAGAGGAAUCCUGAGGUCUUUUUGAGUGUACACUUAAUUUGUGUUUCUGCGACUUGUGUGACAUGUAUAAGGUACGAAAGUCCUGAAGAUACAGUACAUAUGGACUGUACAUACAUAUGGAACCUGGUGUUUCAUCAUCAUUGGCAAUUCAGUCACCUCAAGUACCAAUUAAAAAGGUUGAUUUGCUUAAUGCUGGGCUGGGAAUGACAUGUGAUCAUUCAGUCCAAAGUUUGGUAUGGAAAGCUGAACAAGAUGACUAAUAGCAGUGUCAGUAGAGUUGUAAAUUGCAUGCUUGCAUAUCAUUAGUGUUUUUAAUGAUAAAAAGGCAAAAGAGCCAAUCAAUGUCUCACUUUGAGGAUUGUGUACAAAGCAUCGUCAAAAAAAAAAAAAGACCCCAAAAAAACAGUGAUUAGUUGUAGCUCAUUGUUGUAUACAAGAAAAUGGUCCCUAAAGUAUUUAAAGGACUAUAAAGGUGAAAAGUGUAAUAGUGCUCAGAUGUGCAUGUAAGUGGAUUGAUAAGAUACUGAUUAACAGUAGGGGUGAAAAUCCUGAUUUAACACGUACUGUCUCUGGAAAAUGAGUUACCGCUCAUUUCAGUAGUGCUGGAUUCAGAGUUUACUUCUGUUUUACAUACUAUAACCUCGUGGCUUCGCCUUCUCAAGACUACUCAGUCUCAUGGUGUAAUUCCAUGAAAGUGUAUGUAAAACAAUUACUUUGGCACUCCACAAAAUCUUUUGUAGAUUAGAAGACAGAAAAAUAUGGUAAAAAAUGGUAUGUUUUAUAGUUGAAGGACAAUUGAGACAUAAUCCUCCAGGUUCAAUAGGUCAACUAUACACACACUUUCAAUAGGAUAUGCUGGAUCAAAUCCUUUGUUUGUGUACUGAAGUUUUUCCAGUCUUAUUUACAAAAGGGCCGGUGUGGCUACAGGUUUUCAUACCAGCCAAUUUGGAGCUAUGCCUGGUCAGUGCAUUUAUUACAAUUAUUUGGUGUGGAAUCCUGUUUGCUUGGAAUGAAACUAUAGCUAUACCAGCCCUUUGUAUAUAAGAUUGGACACCCUUGGUUUACUGUAUGUGCUUUGUGUAUUGAUCUGUUUUAUUGGACACAAUGCAAUCAUUAUAAUACAGCACAGGGCAUUACAGAAUUUAGCAUUAUAUAUUUCUUGAAGUUAUUUGCUUGAUGGGACGCUGGAUGUUUGCCCACAUAUUUGUGUUUUCAGUACUAUUUUAAUUUUCAGAUGUUCCUGGAAAAUGUUAAGUUGUUGUUCCUGUGGAAUGUGUGUUUGUUGGGUACUUGCAGUGCAAAUGGUCACAAUGGGUCAUGUGCUUUAGACAAGAAUUACAACACAGCUGUAGUGUGGCACGUACAAAAUUCUUUAGUAGUUUCGUAGCCUCAUUUAAUCAUACACAUAAAUGUUCUAUAUAUGCACUAUACUGCCGAUAAAACGUUUCUGAUCGUGUACUUUUGUUUUUCAUUAUUUACUUUGGUGUGUUGUUUUCUACACUAUGAGUCUGGUAUGAAUGUGCACUGUGUUGAGAUUCUGCAAAGUACAUCGAUUAUGAAUUUGUCAAUAUGUUUUAUUGAGAUGAAUAUUGUUUUUGUUUAUAUUUUUGUAAGUGUUUAUGAAGGUAAUAAAGUUUUAAA